UCCAGUCCUGUCUCUCUGCCUCUGAGGAGCUGUCAAUUAUUGGAUUUACUGGAUGGAACAUGUCUGAUCCAGAAAAACCUCGGACGUCCUUCUUCAUAGAAGACAUCCUGUCCAUCAAAGAUGGUCCAAGACUUCAAGUCAGGAGCUGUUCACACAAGAUGGACAGAUGUUUGGAGUGGAAAGAGGAGGAAUCUGAAAACCUCAGGGAGAACCACUGUCUUCAGGAGAGAAUGUCUGGAGAACAGACAGAGUCUCAGGAUACGUCCCGUUCCAGCUGCUUGGCGUUCAGUAAUUCCUCCUCUUCUGGGAAACAGCGACGCUCCAGAGCUGCGUUCACACACCUCCAAGUGCUAGAGCUGGAGAAAAAAUUUAACCUCCAGAAAUACCUGUCUGCCCCAGAAAGGGCCCACCUUGCCCGCACCUUAAGACUGACCGAAACCCAGGUGAAAAUCUGGUUCCAGAACCGCAGGUACAAAACCAAGAGGAAGCAGCAAAUGGCCAAGAUCUCUAAGGAAGUGUUAAAAACACAGGGACUGAGUCUGAGGGAGGACUUGGUCCAAUCAUCACUGUUCACGUCCUUUUGCAGGGCCUAUCAAUACAGAGCCUACCUGUGGGACUACAGUGGCCCCUGGGGCCCAAUGCUAUGGUAA